AGCCACCACUACUAGCCAACGUCUCCCAUUCUGGUAGACCAUGAUAAACCCAUAAGUCAGUUACAGUCCUCUGUCCCUCUUUCGAGAUUCUGUAUAUAUUGUCCUUGAAUACCCGGCCAUUGAAACAUCUUGGGAAACCAAUUGCGCUUAAUUGUUUCACGGCCAACAUGGCUGCAUUUGCACCAGUUGUUAGCAGCUUCUCGCUCAUUUUCGGGGGCUGCUGCGCAAAUGUGUAUUGUCUAGAAGCCAUUGUGAAACAAGAGCCCGACAGCGGUCUUCUUAUCACACUCUUUCAGUUCGUUUUUACAUGUCUUUCAACAUUGCACUAUCAGUUCGAUCUCAAAGGCCGUUAUUUUGUUAGAUCUUCACCUGUUCCAUUCCAGAAGUGGUGCGUCAGCGCUGCGUUGUUCUUUACGGUCAAUAUGCUGAACAACUGGGCUUUUGCUUUUAAUAUCUCCGUCCCAGUCCAUAUUAUCCUCAGGAGUUUCGGUAGUGUGACUACGAUGGCAGCCGGGUGGCUUCGUGGGAAGAGGUUUACCCGCUUGCAAGUCUUUUCGGUCGCAGUUUUGACACUGGGAGUCAUGGUGUCUGCGUGGGCGGAUGCUCAAUCGAAGGGCAAAACUAUGGAAACAUCGAACAUUGAUUUCGCAAGCGCGUCAUUUGAGGCCGGCCUUUUGAUCCUCCUUGUCGCGCAGCUUCUAUCCGCCUACAUGGGUGCCUAUGUCGAAGACGUCUACCGAGACCAUGGCAAAGACUGGCAGGCAAAUCUCUUCUACUCCCACCUGCUGUCGUUACCACUCUUCGCAGGCUUCGCUCCUGUUCUCACGGGGCAGUUUACGCGCCUGCAAGCCUCGCAGUCUUUCCAGGUCCCGCCUAAUAUUGCCACAAGCCUCCCACCAAUUCUGAACAAGAUACUUGCGUCGACAUCUCAGCAAGUCAUCUAUCUCACUGCCAACGCCGUCACACAAUUACUUUGUAUCACAGGCGUCAAUAUGCUCAGCGCCAAUACUUCUGCUGUUACUGUUACAAUAGUGUUAAACAUCAGGAAGUUGGUCAGCUUUCUGUUGAGCAUCAGCAUAUUUGGUAAUCAGAUGGCUGGAUUGAUGAAGGUCGGCGCUGCGAUGGUGUUUGGUGCGGGUGCAUUGUAUGGUUGGGAGACAUCGUACCGAAUCCCACAGAGGAAGAAAAUAGAGGCUGAGAAGGUGAAGCCCACCAUGUCUUCGUCUCCGUCUGGUGUUCGGCAGCGCGCUACAAAAGACAAGAAGCGGCCAACGACACCGAAUUCAGAGACACUCUCCGAGAAGGUAGCCAACGUCAUCGAAAAGACGAAGCCCUACAAGCCCCUACAGCAGGGCAAGGAGUGGGAUUACAAGCUCGCCAUUACGGUCCUCACAGUGCUCGCAUUCAUAUCGCGGUUCUGGGGCAUUACGCACCCCGACCAGGUCGUUUUCGAUGAGGUGCACUUUGGAAAGUUCGCUUCAUACUACUUGCAACGAACCUACUUCUUCGACGUUCACCCUCCUCUCGGAAAGCUCCUCUUCGCAUUCGCAGGAUGGCUAGUCGGAUACCGGGGCGAAUUCCUCUUCGAGAACAUCGGGGAUUCGUACAUCACCAACAAAGUCCCAUAUGUGGCAUACCGCGCCAUGCCCGCCUCACUGGGCGCCCUUACCGUACCCAUCGUCUUUUUGAUCAUGUGGGAGUCUGGGUACUCUCUACCGGCUUGCGUCACCGCAGCUAGUCUCAUGCUCCUCGAUAAUGCCCACAUCGGCCAGACGCGCUUGAUCCUGCUCGACGCUUCGCUUAUCUUCUUCAUGGCUCUUUCGGUGCUGUCUUACAUUCGCUUUUACAAGCAACGACAUGAUCCGUUUAGUCGCAAAUGGUGGAAAUGGCUGCUCUUGACCGGUAUCAGUUUAAGCUGCGUCAUAUCGAUCAAAUACGUUGGUGUCUUUACUUUCUUCUCCGUUGGUGUCCCAGUAUUGAUCGACCUGUGGGACCUCAUGGAUGUCAACCGUCGCCAAGGCGCAUUGACUUUGGCUGAAUUCGGCAAGCACUUCGCUGCGCGUGCCAUCGGUUUGGUCAUCGUACCGUUCUUCCUUUAUCUUUUCUGGUUCCAGGUUCACUUCUCCAUUCUUACCAGGUCUGGACCAGGCGACGACUUCAUGACCCCGGAAUUUCAGGAGACCUUGAGCGACAAUAUGAUGAGCCUGCAGUCUGUUGGCAUCAAUUACUACGACUCUAUUACCAUUCGUCACAAGGAGACGAAGGUUUACCUCCAUAGCCACCCUGAUCGCUACCCGCUACGCUACGACGAUGGACGUGUUUCCUCUCAAGGACAACAGGUUACUGGUUAUCCUCAUAACGAUACCAACAAUCAUUGGCAGGUUCUCCCUUCGAAGCCCCUUCCAACCGAACUCGGCCAGCGUGUCAAGGUCGGCGAUACUAUUCGUCUCCGCCAUUUGAUCACCGACACUGUUCUCCUAACCCACGAUGUUGCAUCUCCAUACUAUCCCACCAACCAGGAGUUCACUGCUGUGAACAAGGAGGAAGCCGCCGGCGAGCGCUAUAACGAUACCCUCUUUGAGCUCAAGGUUGACAAGGGCAAGGGGGACUUUAGGACCAUGUCUACCCACUUCAAACUUGUUCACGUGCCAACCAAGGUAGCUAUGUGGACUCACACUUCGCCGCUUCCCGAAUGGGCCUAUAAGCAAGCUGAGAUCAACGGUAACAAGAACGUCCAGCAGUCUAGCAAUGUCUGGUAUGUUGAUGACAUCCCCUCAUUGCCUGUUGAGGACGAGCGCAACAAGAAGGAGCCCAAGCAAGUCAAGCACCUCAGCUUCCUCAGGAAAUGGGUGGAACUUCAGCGCGCCAUGUUCUACCACAACAACGCUCUAACUAGCUCGCACCCAUACGCUUCUCAGCCCAUCUCGUGGCCAUUUCUCCUCCGCGGUGUGUCUUUCUGGACCCAUAACGACACCCGCGAGCAGAUCUAUUUUCUUGGUAAUCCAAUUGGCUGGUGGCUCGCUUCUUCGCUUCUUGCUGUCUUUGUUGGCAUCCUUGGUGCUGAUCAGCUUGCUCUGCGCCGUGGUAUGGAUGCGCUUGAUGAACGCACUCGCUCUCGGCUCUACAACUCGACCGGCUUCUUUUUCCUCACCUGGGCUGCUCAUUACAUUCCAUUCUAUAUCAUGGGUCGCCAGCUCUUCCUACAUCAUUACCUUCCCGCCCACCUUGCUUCCUGCUUGGUCACUGGUGCCCUUGUUGAGUUUAUCUUCUGCAUCGAACCGCAAGACACUGAAACCCCUGCGAUCAAGGGUCACCGCAGGACUCGGUCGCGCCCUGUCCGCGAGCGUGUCGCCACAACUAGCCAGAUGGGAAGUUGGAUUGCUACUGGUGUCAUUCUAGUAGUAGUCUCCUGGAGUUUCUUGUUCUUCGCGCCACUUACGUACGGCAAGCCGGGUCUUACGGUUUCGCAGGUUCAGGCAAGGAAGUGGCUCGGAUAUGAUUUGCAUUUUGCCAAGUGAUAAAUGCAUAUUCGAAUGCGCAAUGGAUAGAUUGAGACGUGGAGUUGGAUCGAGGGUUCUUUUUCGUUAGUUUCACUAGGGUAAAAUGUUGCACAGCGCGGAGUGCUGGUGGUGUGGGUUUCUACAUUCUCUCCCUUCAACGGUUUAUCCCAUGUACAACGCUCAAGAUUAAGGUCACGGCCUUCUGAUUUCUUCUCAUAUGUAUUAGGGUAUCGAAUAGGGAGAUAGGCCCCGCAUGAUUGCAAAGUUGUGCAAGCCAAAUAUACGGAUAGGGGCUAACUGACCACCUUAAGUGGAUAUGUCAAUGUCACCCAUAUUAGGUUUCUCCUCUUUUUGCAAGCUUCGCUGAGAGUCGACCAUCUCGUGUCAGAGAUUUUCGGGUCAUUAAUGAGUAUCAUAGGCCU